UUUGCAAGGGUUGAGAGAAGUCAUUUCCCUCUCAAGCAACGCAGAGCAAAGAAAUAGAAACAAAGAGCCUCAGGAGCAUAUCAGGUUAUCAUGGGUGUCCACUCCUGGGACAGCUGACUGGAACAUUCUGGUUCCAGUUUGAUCAUCCCAGCCCUGCACUGUGGCUUCAGAAACACACUUUCUGUGGGGCAGAAAGUGGCCUGUGAUACUCAAAAGAACAAGCUCAGUGUCUCCUGCCAGCAUCUUCAUCCGAAGAAACCCUGCUUCAGUUGAAAGAGACAAGAGAAGCAUGAUGCUGCCUGUGACCCAUGUGCUAGCCUUCAGUGCUUGGCUGCUUGCGCAGAGUGAGGCCACAACAAGUGCCCCCACAGUCUCCAUCUUCCUGCAGCCACCUGGGGUGAUCCCGCUGGGAGGCUCUACCACCAUCUGCUGCAGGUGUCUGUGCCGUGUUGGGAACAUCGUGCUGUACAAGGAUGGGCACCAACUCCAUACCCUGGAGCUGCAUGGCAGCACGGCUGAGUUCUCCAUCUCUAACGCCACCCAAAUGGACAGAGGUCUGUACAGCUGCCAUUAUAUGGAUGGAGGCAAUGGGACUGUGCUGACUCAUAGUGACACCAUGGAGGUCAGAGUGGAAGAGUUCCAUCUUCCCAAGCCUGUUCUCUCUGUCCUGCCUGGUCAUGAAGUGGCUGCAGGAGCUGACGUGAUGCUCCACUGCACCAUCAAACACUCCAAAGUUGUCUGUUUCCUAUACCUGGAGGGCCAAGCCACUGCCUUCAAAAUUUCAGUGGAACACACGGAUUUCUACCUCUCCCGGGUGGAUCACAGCAAGGGGGGCCGCUACAGUUGUCAGUGCUACACCAAGGGAACUCCAAUCAACUGGUCUGGAGUCAGCAAUAUGCUGGAGCUGGUGGUGAAAGAGUCGCUGCUCCCUGGCCCCUCCAUCUCUGUGACUCCUCAGGAAGGAGCUGUUCUGGGGACAUCAGCCACAGUCCACUGCAAGUGUCAGUGCCAUCAGACAGUCAUGUUGCUGUACAAGUCUGGGAACAUCAGCAUCCAGCAGAGAGCCCAGCCAGUCAGAGGCAUGGCAACGUUCACCAUCACGCAGGUAGCCCAAGAAGAUGGGGGUGCCUAUGCCUGCCGCUAUGGGAACGAAUCUGACCCCAGCAGCCUUUCACAGCUUAGCCCCUUUGCAGAGCUGCUGGUGAGAGAUCACAAACUGGUCAGGCCCAGCCUGUCCCUGAAGCCUCUAGGCCGUGUCCAGCUGGGGACCAAUGUAACACUGUGGUGCACCAGUGAAGUCCAGAGAGCCCAGUUUUACUUCUGGAAGAACUGGGAGAUGGUAGGGGUCAUAGAGCAAGAAAGCAACGUGGCCACCUUUGUACUGCCCCACGUGAUGGGACACCAUGGAGGGAGCUACGCCUGCAGCUACCGUCCCUGGUCACAGCAGUACAUCUCAUCACAGCCCAGCAGCACUGUCUGGCUGACAGUUGUAGAUUAUACCUGGAGCAACAUGGUGCGCCUGGCCCUUGGAGUGGGGGUCCUGAUCCUGCUGGGGCUGAUGGUGGCAGAGGCCAUGAACAGCCAAAGGAACACACCAGGACAGCUGCCGCCCCCUGGAAUGAGACACAGCUCCCCUCUGGAUCACCCAGAUGGAAGGUCGUGCUGCCACGGUCACCUAGAUUGAAGGGGUCAGUCAGUAUGUGCUCAGCACUCAGAGCUCCCUGUAACUAGUGUCCUCCCACCUGGGACCAGUAACAAGAUCUUUCCCCUUAAGUUCUUUAUGAUAAAAUAAAUAAAACAUCCCUUCCUUCUCCUGCUGCCUCCAGUAGUCACCUUUGUGGGAUGGGCAACGUUCAGGGUGGACUUUGAGCUCUGUAUGGCCUGGGGACCCAAUGGCAGGGGAUGGGCUCCUGGGACAGGCUCCUGCAGCAGUGCUCUGUGCCUUCAUUUCCCUCUGUGCAGAGGAGGGAUGACUCCCCCUUCCCCCACGGUAAGCAGUUUGGGUCUGAGCCUGGGAGAGGGAGUGGGGCUGAAUAAGCAAUUU